GUCCCUGACAUGGCUGCCCUCUCCGCAUGGCACCAGGCACACACUAGUGCUGGCAGCGUCCCUGACAUGGCUGCCCUCUCCGCAUGGCACCAGGCACACACCUGUGCUGGCAGCGUGGGGAACGUAGCUGGUUGCAGUGGUGGAGUGUGUUCCAUUGCGGUGGUGGUGGCGGACGCACCUGCGUGCAGCACCAGUGCGCUGCAUGCCUUGAUCAGUGUCCUCAGCGAGUGGCGCAGCACCCUCCCUUUUGUCCUCAUCCUCACUGGCGUCCACUCUAUGCCGUCCAUCCCCCGCCUCCUGCCGCCCAGCACCCUCCCCUACCUCCACCUCUCCACCUUCCGCCUGCCCUCUCCGCGCCUCCUCCUCGACCCCCUCCUCCUCUCUGCACUUAUACAGCCCUUGUCCUCCCCCGCCUCGCAAUCACCGUCAAGCGCAGCAGCAGGAGCAGCAGCAGCAGGAGCAGGUGCCCUCCUUCACAACCACUUCUUCAGCGCCCCCACGCUCACCACAGGGGGUGCAUCCGACCCUCCUCCCGGGUCUGCCCUCCACAGCACCGCUGCAGUGCCGCCUGCCUCUGCUGCACCUCCCCCAGUUGCGCCUCCCCUGCUGAGCCAAUGGGCGUCUGCUGUUCAGGCGCUCUACCUCCUCCUCCUCCGCCUCCACGUCCUCCAACCCCACUCUGCCCACCUCCUCACCUUCCUCCUCGCCUCCUCCCACCCGUCUCUCACUCCCCCACGCACUCCCUCACCAGAAUCCCUCCUCCGCCUCCUCUCCUCCCUCACACCUCUCCCCUCCAUCUCCCUCACACCUCUCCCCUCCAUCUCCCUCACACCUCUCCCCUCCAUCUCCCUCACACCAUCAAUCUCCUCGCCCAUUCCACCUACACGAUACAACCCUGCAAGGAAUGCGGGUUCGCCCAUCAGCCCUGCACCAGCAGCAGCACAAGGGAGCUGGGGUUCUCCCAUGCCCCCAGCGCCUACAGCCAUUCAGAUUGCCCUAAGAUCAGGGUCGUAUCGAAGCCAUGCGCCUCCUGCUGCUGCUGUUGCUGCUGCUGCUGCGGCUGCUACCGCUGGUACUGCGACUGUGGGCCAGGCGCUGAGUCACACGCAGUGCUUGCAGCGAGUGGUGCAGGCGACAAACGUACUGGCCCAGCAUGAGCUGGAGGAGGCAGAGCGGAGGCAUGCGGGGAAGGAGGGAAGCCUAGCACAUAUGGAUAGGCCGCAGAAAACGGCUAGACAGAAAGGAGAGGCUGGAGAGGUAGCUGAGGAAAGAGAGGAGGGCGGGGAUGGUGGGGCGGAGGUGGUUGUGAGGAGAGGAGGUACAGAGGCUGCACGGGGGGGAGGAGGAGAGGAGGAGGUGAGGGGAGAGGGAGGGCAGGGAAGGUGUCAGGGAGGCGAUGGGGAGUGGGCGUGGGAGGAGGGGGGUGAGUCCAGAGCAGAGAGGAUGCUGGGCUGGCUGGAGCUCGCCUGUGCCAAGCUGCCUGAGGCCAGAGCAGAGAGGAUGCUGGGGUGGCUGGAGCUCGCCUGUGCCAAAGCAACCAGAGGUGAGUUGGUGGAUUGA